AUGGCGCAUAGCAUCGACACCGACCAUUCACCUGUGUCCUUCUCACGGCUUCCAAGGGACCUUCGAUAUUUGAUAUGGAGGUUCGCAAUUCCAGACUCGAGAAUUGUAUUCUUAAAAAAGCAUGCGAUUUCACGUUGUGAGCACGCCAUGGUUAGAGUACGCUCAGAUUUGGCUGUACCGGAUAGAUGCAAAGACGGUGCUCGCCCUGGUUCAUCCAAAAUUCUUUGUACCGGUAUGGAUGACAUACUACCGCAAGACAUCAAAGAUUUGGAAGAAGUUCGGGCACGCAUCAAGCAUGAUGAUCAAUGUGGUUUCUUGUCAAAUGCACAAAUUCCAAACUUGUUGCUUGUUUGCAGGGAAUCAUACAACUUCACCAUCAUAAAAUAUAAUCGCGCGUUUCCGUCUGUUGGAGCUUUUGCUGAGACCUACUUCGAUUACCAAAGAGACAUAUUAUUACUUUUUGGGGAACAAAUAGUAUGUGUGUGCGGCUGGCAAUGUCGUGAACCUAUGACAUCAUACGAGGCAUGUAAAAUUCGUCAUAUUGCUUUUGAACAUGAACCCAUGUUAAAAGGGUCCGCAUUUCAUCAAAACGAUAAGAUAGCCAACAAUUCCAAGCUUGCUAGACUAUUAUGUACGUUCUGCAAUGUGAAAAGUUUAACGAUUGUGAUUGAAGACUAUCGAAGUGACGAUCACGAGAAUGGCAUAGCCGAGUCUCAGAGAGAAAGUGAGCUGGUAUUCUUCGACCCAGUGAACAUCGGUGAAUCUCUGCGCAUGUUGAGUUCACCUGUAACUAAACGCAGUGAUCUUUAUGGAGUAUUGAUUCCUGAGCAUUCUUCACGAAAUACAUUAGACCUCGAUAAGGAACUUCUCUUCGAUCUUCAAUCAGAAGACGAAGCAAAAGGCUUAAUGUGGAAUAUGCCGAAAAUCAGAUGGACAAAUCUAACGACUACCACGUUCAAAAGGAGAUUCAAAAAGUUGCUAGAAGAAUACGAGCUACGUACUGGCGUGACCUGUUACAGAAUUGGAGAAAGUGACAUUCUUUAUCUGUAUUCCGAGAUCAACAGAUGA